AGAGAGAGAGGGGCGAGAGGAGGAGGGGGGGGGGCAAAAAGAGCCCGUCUGUCAGUAUUAUUCCCCGGUGUGGAUGUGGAGAGGCAGAGGGAGAGAGAGGACCACCGCUGACUGGACGCAUUUCACCGAGUCUUCUCCCUGGGUUGCUGAUCAGAAGCUCUGGUCCUCAUCUCUGGCAGUGAAGAGUGAAGAGCACCAUGACCCAGGAGGGGCAAGCUCUGCCCUCUCCCACCCCACCAGAGACCCCAGUGGAGCCCGACGCCCCCACCACCAGCACCACUGACCCACCCGCAGGGACACACAGCCAGGUGGAGCAGGACAAGCCGGGGGCGGAGGACAACACAGAGGAAGAGAAACAAGAAGAAGAGGAGAUCAGAGAGGGAGAGGACGAGGCACAGGGCGACACACGGAGGGGAGGAGACGGGAGGGAGGAGGUAAAGGACCAGGGAGGAGAGGGUGAGUUGAAAGAGGAGAAGGUAGAUGGGGAUCCAGAGGCAGAUGGAAGGGCGGAAAGGACGAGGGGGGAAGGGCGCAUGAAUGUGGAGGUGAGCUCGGCGGGGGAGGAGGCAACGUGCGAGGAGGAGGGGAUGGAAGCAGAAGAAGAGCGUCAGCGGCCCACCGAAGAGGAGGAGACUCAAGCUGGGCGUAAAAUGGCAAACGGCAUAGGUGGGAGCCAAGAGGAGGACGAGGCGGAGGAGGAGGACGAGGGAGGAGAUGAGGGGGCGAAUCAAGCACUGUUGGACACUUUCAGCUCCAACUUUGAGACGACCGUAGAACAGGCCGACGCAGAAGUGGUGGAAGAGGAAGAGGAGGAAGAGGUGCCGAAUGAGGAAGACGGUAGAGAGAACCAGGACAGUUUCAGCUCGACCUUUGAACAGAUUGUUGAGCAGGCCGACGUCCAAGAGGAGGAGGAGGAGGAGGAGGAGGAGGAGGAGGACAGGGAGAAAGGCAGGGUGGACCACAAAGACGGCUUCAGCUCCACGUUCGAGCGCAUCGUGGAGUCGGCACUGCUGAGGGGCGGGACCUGCUACAGCAGCCUGGACUCUCUAGACGUGCUGUCGCUCACGGACGAGACGGACAGCUGCGUGAGCUUCGAGGCGCCUCUGACGCCGCUCAUCCAGCAGAGGGCGCUGUUCCAAGGCCCCGAACCCCUGGAGCUGGAGCUGGCGACCGUUCAGGAGCUGGAAGGGGCCGAGGCCGGGCCGGACUCCCCGAGUGACCCCACGGCCGGGGAGAGCGCUGUCCGUGGAGCCGCAGCUGUGGCCGGAGUGGGCGGAAGCCCGCUGAGGACCACCAUACCAGGAAGCAGGUCGGAGUUUGUGCUGAGCCAAGCCGGACGCUGGGCCGUCCCCAACGGAUACCAUGGUGCCACGGAGGGUUGUGGAGCCAUGAUCAACUCCUUCAGCGAUGCCAACCUCACAGACGUGCUGUCUGACUCCGAGGAGUGUGAUUUGGGCAGUCUGGAGCGCCUGGAGCGCGGCAGCACCGACACGCUGGCCAAUGGCUGCCGAGCCGACUGCGAGGCCGCCAAGAGGCUGGCCAAGCGCCUCUAUCACCUCGAGGGCUUCAAGCGCUGCGAUGUGGCCAGACACCUGGGCAAGAACAACGAGUUCAGCCAGCUGGUGGCGUCGGAGUACCUGAGCUUCUUCAAUUUCUCCGGCCUGUCGCUGGACCGAGCCCUAAGGAGCUUCUUGAAGGCCUUCCCCCUAAUGGGAGAGACCCAGGAGCGAGAGAGGAUCCUCGUGCAUUUCUCCCGACGCUUCUGCCACUGCAACCCGCGGACACUUAACACCGAGGGCCAGAGCCGCGAGGAGGACGCCGGGGACCAUGACGAUGACCACGACGAUGGAGCCCACACAUUAACCUGCGCCCUCAUGCUGCUCAACACCGAUCUGCACGGACAUAACAUCGGGAAGAAGAUGUCUUGCCAACAGUUCAUCAGUAAUCUGGAUGGACUUAACAACGGCAAAGACUACCCUAAAGAGUUAUUAAAGGUCUUGUAUAACUCCAUCAAGAAUGAGAAGUUGGAGUGGGCAGUUGAGGAGGAAGAGCUGAGGAAGAGUCUGUCAGAGCUGGUGGAGGAGCAGUGCGAGGGCGGGAGUAAGCGCGUUGCCAGGGUAACGGACGGCAGUAACCCCUUCAUCGCCAUUCCCGUUCUCUUGAACGCCGUCACCUACAAACAUGGAGUGCUGACCCGCAAGAGCCACGCUGACAUGGACGGCAAACGCACCCCGAGGGGUCGGCGCGGUUGGAAGAAGUUCUAUGCGGUACUGAAGGGGAUGAUCUUGUAUCUCCAGAAGGAUGAGUACAAGCCCGACGCUGACAUUUCAGAGGUGGACCUGAAGAACGCGGUGCGGAUCAACCACGCUUUAGCCACUCGGGCCACCGACUACAGCAAGAGAGCCAACGUGCUGAAGCUGAAAACCUCCGACUGGAGAGUCUUUCUGCUGCACGCCUCUAGUGAGGAGGAGAUGAUGUCUUGGAUCUUCCGGAUAAACCUGGUGGCGGCGCUGUUCUCCGCUCCGGCCUUCCCCGCCGCCAUCGGCUCCAUGAAGAAAUUCUGCCGACCCAUCCUGCCGUCUUCAUCCACCAGACUGAAACAGGAGGAGCAGCUGCUGAGUCACGAGAACAAGCUGAAGCAGAUGAGCCUUGAGCUAGAGGAGCACCGGAAAAGCUCGCCCUCAGCCGACCCCAAAAGCCGCGAGUGGGAGGAGUACCGGCUGAAAGAGCACUACCUCACGUACGAGAAGGCUCGCUAUGAGACGUACAUCAGCCUCCUGCAGGCCAAAGUCCGCGCGGAAACCGAUGACCUCGAGAAGAUCGAGGCCAGCGUGAUGGGGGGCCUCAUCAUGGAGGGGGGCCUGGCCGGCCGCGAGUGCCGCAUCCGCAAGACGCAGUCCUCGCCGUCCAUCAGUCAGGCUCCGGGGGGGCUGAACGGGAGGGCCGCCGGAUGCACCGCCCCGGCACCGAGGAGCUGAGGGCACCAACUUCCCUCCAAGCCAAACUAGCUUUUUCUGUUAAAGUAUUUUGUGUUUUGGGCCCCUGCGUUCCUCCUGUUGUACUUACAGCAAGAAACAGGGGAAAUGUCUCUCUCCUUCCCAGAAUGCACCUUCCUGUCUUUGAGCAAUAGGUGAAGAGGACCAAGAGCCCGUGCUUGAUACCCAACAAGUGACCCUGCCUAAUCCCGGUCCUUUGAACUUUCACCAUUGCACAUUAAGAACGAUCCCAACUGUGAUCGCUAUUUAUAACAUCAUCAGUAUUAUGUUAAAAUGAGACAAAGCGAUGUAGUUGUCUUUAGAUUAAAUGAGUUCUUAGUUACGAGCAGAGCUUUGAGUGAUUCAUAAUGUAUUUGUUUAGCGGGCCAGACGGAGAACCAAGAGGGGGGAGGGGUCAUGGCUCUGUCUUCUCUGUCCCGUCCUCGUCCUGCAGAAGGAGAUGGUACUACCGUAGCAUUCGGGCCUUUGUCUUUUUCUCCCUCAUCACAUGUUUGCGUUACACACAGCCACUCCACAGGCGUGUGUAUGGACCUACGUUGUGGUGUGUGACAAUACAACAUGUCUGUCCCAGGGUUUACGAAAAACCACCUGAAAAGAACUUCUCAGAGGGAUCGAUGGAUCCCCGCCAUGUAUAGAUUAUUUAUUUAUUUAUUUAAUCCUCCACACUUUUAUUUCCACUGAGCACUCUGGCUCUUUUUUUUUUUCUGUCUGAGAGUCGGUGCGGCGGCGUACAUUUGUCAGCGCGGAGGAGCUGGCCGGCGACGGCGUUUUUUAACUGCGCACCGAGCUGCUCCGCCAGAGGAACUGGAGGUUGAGUGCCUUACUCAGGGGCACCUUGACUCUAGCUGUUGAGGGAAUUACAGAGUCAGUCAGAGAGAUCACAAGUCCGUGUCUGUGAUUUUUAAUCCGCCGCUACCCUAAAUACUGACAGGCGUCCGGCCGCCCCGUCCGUCCUUCUAGCGAGUCCGAACCGAACAGAGGAGGAAGACGGUUUGUGACUGAAUGACACAGUGGACGUGUUCAUGAGAUGUGAUUGGGUGUGAGGCGUCCGAAGGCGCAGGUCAAGGUCAGAGCAGGGAAGCGGGGGUGGGAGACGUACGCAUUUAAUGCUUGCUGUUUUUCAGUUGCUGCAGUUGAGUUGUCGACGCUUUGGGCAACAGGAAGGUCAUGAGAGGUCAUGGUUUUUCCAUGAAGUCUGAGAACCAAUCAGAGGCAUUGUGCUGAGUGAGACAACAUAAUAAGGGGCGGGGCACUUCAAAGCAUCUUCAUGUGUGUUAAGACAAAACAAAGAACCUUUUCCUUUUAACACAGAAAAUCUCCGUCAGUUCAGGGUUUAGAACAAGUGGACUUUGACAUAGUGCAUGCUUGGGCCCGUCGUGGACGUUUGCUUUCAUUUGGGGAAAGAAGGCCUUUGUCAGACAGAGUCGAGCUGAUUGGAGAGUGUAGCCGCAGGACUUAAGAAGGAGAGACUGAUUUGGUUUUCUCUGCCAGCAAAAAAAACAGGCAACCCACUCAUCCAGGAGCACACGUGGGAGGGAGGACCUGCGAAACGUUUGGAAGCGUGGGUGGAGUGGCGGUACCGUUUUGUGAGCACCUUAAUUGAUCCUAAACCCACACACACACACACACACACACCAUAUCUCUUUCUUGGUAAUUUGCUUAUAUGACACAACUGUAGAUCAGUGAGCUUAGCGACCCCGCACGCCAACAGAACCAGAGCUGUGGACAUGGACAGCAUCUUUGGCUCUGGACACGCCUCUGUUGUAUCAAAUAAAUAGUGGCAAACGGGUUCUCAGAUCCCGUUUGGGGACUUGGCUGGAGACCUGGAACCACAGCUGGACUCCUGCAUCCCUGUACAGACCAAAAUGCCAAAAGUGGAGCUGUGUUUUCAGAGAGGAAGUACUGUUUUAUAACGCUGUGUUGUCAUGACGAAGAACUGCUUUCUUACAGAUAGACUUAUAGUCACUUUGGCUGUUGUGCUAACCAUUGGUUCCCAAUGUUUUAGGGUAGGCCUGUGCUGUUCAAUAGGAUCGUGGCAACAAAAAAGUAAAUAGUUGAUUGUUAUGUUUUAUUUAAAAAAUGACAGCUUUGGCACCUUGAUGUCAGCAUUGGAUCUGUCUUUUUGUUUGUUUUGUUUGUAUAUCGGAACUGUUUUUUGACAGGAUGCUUAUACUAUGUAAAGAACAUAUCUACUGAAUAUUUAGUCUGUGCUUCAUAAAGUAAGCUUUUAUACA